AUGGCCGUAGAAAAUACAAAGCAGUUGGUGGCAAGCUCUGUGAUGCUGAAGAAGCACCUCUUCCUGCAGAAGGCCAUCAGGCAUUUGCCAGGCAACGCCACUGUGGUCUUCGUGGAUGCCUUCGAUGUGCUUUUCCAGCGCCCCAUCGAGGAACUGCGGCUGGUCUACGAGCAGCUGGCCAUGCCGCAUUGGAAGGUGCAGGGCCGAUGGCCGGUGAUCUACGGCGGUGUGCCUUGGAAUUGA